UUCUACUGUCUAUCGCAGUGUAAGUCGGCCUUUCAAGCAGUAUGUGGAGACCUAAAAGGGGCUAGGAAACACUCAAGAAAGAUUCUUAAAAACCUGCCCAGUCGUUUCGCAGGGAACGUCCGCAGUUCAGGCGCUGAUGGGUGACACUGAAGGCGCCAGGGAGACGCAACUUGAGUUUGUCGGAUUUUUAAAUGACUCUGCUGACUCCAUCCCAGUUGUCGGCCAUGUCAAAGGUGGAAUCCAUUACGUCUGCGGGGAUACGGAGGGAGGAGACAAGGCCAUGAAAAGCUCGUCGAGAACUGCCGGCGUCAUUGGAGGAGGUGUGGUAGGGUUCGUUGUCGGCGGUCCUCCCGGAGCCGCCGUUGGCGGAGCUGCCGGAGGCUUGCUCGUGGAUGGCCUAACCACGGGUAUCGACUCUGCCGUACACGAGGAGUUUCGCCCAGCAGGCACGGUGGCCGCUGUCAAUACCUUAGUUGAAGGCAAGUCAAAAUCUGUUUCUGGAGACAUCUUUGAUGUCGUGGUGGGGACUGUAAUGGAUGGAAUGACUGGGAUUGCUGCAGGCGAGCAAGUCGGGAGAAUGUCAAAGGUUAAAGUAAAGGGAGAAGCAAACAAUGUUCCUGCCAAUAAGCAAGUACACGUAGACGGAGCAAUGGACAAAGUGAAACAUCUUACAGGCGAUGAAGUAAGAAAUUUAAAGAAGGAUGGACACACCCAUGCGCAAGCAAAGCAGAAAGUCACUGGGGGAUCCUCGAAACUGACCAAGGCUCAAAAGAAGCAAGUAAAGCAGUUGAAUCGCAACCGUACGAAGCUAACAGAUCACAACAUUCACGGGCUUAUAGAGGACCGCCAAGGACAGAUUGCAGUCGAUUUGAAACCAGAAAGCAACACUGGAAGGGGUGCUGAAAGAAUUAUCAUGGAGGAUCCAAAACGAAACUAUACACUGAAUGUGGUCGAGUAUCUUGAUGAUCAUAAGUAUGGGGUAGUAGACCCAGGGCCUGGGCCUUCCUGUGUCCAACGAGCAGCUAACUUUGUUGCAGACCAUCAAGCAGUUUAUGGUGCAGCUGCAGGAGUCUAUCCUGCUGCGGCAGGACCUAAAGGAGUCGCCAAGUUUGAUUUCUUGGUCAUUGGAGCUAGUGCUGGUGGAAUUGCCUGUGCAAACAGAGCUGCUGAACUUGGGAAGAGAGUUGCUAUAGUGGGAACAGCAGACAAGGAGAGCGAUGUGCACAGUGAUGUGCACUACUACCAUGGGGAGACCAUGUUUGUUGGACCAAGAAGGCUCUCUGUUGGCUCCCACCUCCUGGAGGCUGAGCUCAUCCUGCUGGCCUGUGACACUAAGCCUGAUGACAUUGGCUUGAAAUGGACGGGUGUGGAGUGUGACAGUGAUGGCUAUGUUAAUGUCAACUCAGACUACAAGACCAGCAUGCCCCAUGUGUAUGCUCUGGGAGGAGUCACAGGCAAGACAAUGGCUCAAGAAGAUGCUGCUAUUGCUGGUGUGAAGCUGGCUGAGAGACUUUUCCAAGGAUAGUCUGUACAGGUUUUAGCAAAGACUUUGCUUAUGCCUACAACCUAUGUAUAAUUAUACUGGACUAUUAGUUCGUGAAAUAAAUCAUUUAUCACAGCAUAAGUACAUCCUUUAUGUAUCGAGCAUAAGCCUUAGUAUAAAAUAAUAGCGAAAAUGCAAAUCUAAAAUGUCUAAAGGGACUGCAAUAAUUCACUGAAAGAGUUUCAGUUAUUAGUGACAUCUCUAAUGGGCUGAUGAGUAGCUAAUAAUUAUAAUACUUAAGGAGCAAGAGAGAGGCAGGUUGUAUAUUUAAGUUAGAGUAACUAUUAGAGGCGAGCAUGAGUAUGUCGAGUUCCUCGACUCCGCAUCUGACCUAUAUGUAGAUGAUGUACGUGAUCUUGUCAUUUUCAUGUGAAACUUUUACGGAGCGUCCCAGGUAUACUUCGGGAAAUCAAGUACCUCGUGUGAACCAAUCAGAUUGCUCGAUUUAAUAUUCUAAUGUACAAGGUCUAAACAAUCCGAGUAACUAUAAAUCACGGCUGUUUCAAAAUUGAAGGCAUUCUGUUACUGGGUGCAUAACAUCGUACUUGUUUGUAAACAUUUUUGUCAACUGUUCUGUCGUGAUAUCAAAAGCAGUAGGCCUGCGCACAAAUCAUUUUACUAACCUAGAGUGACAUUAUGUGGAUAUUCCUCUAGCAUCACAUCCAUAGACUCCUUGUUUGCCAAGUUCUUCCAAUAGCUGUGUGUUAAAAAGGUCUCAGACUGUCCGUGAGAGGGUCUAGCAACUUUUUUCUUAGGCAUGUCUGAUGUAAGGGGCACAGUGCCUUCAGCUGUGCAGGACUCCUA